AUAUGUGUGUGUGGAUGAGCUGGACAUUGCCAAUCCUGUUUCUCUGGCUUGUUCUUUGCGAUUUUGGUGUGCAACGAACCUACUGGGCUGCAGUGAAUCUCAACAAAACACUGUGAAGUAAGUGUAAAAAAAGCUGGAAUUGGAAGCCAACCUGAUUCAAAAGAUUUUAAGGAGAUGUUUUGGGGGGAUCGAAGAAGCCAGAAAGAAAAGGUUUUGAAACUUGAUAAAAAACAACAAAAGAAAAAGAAUACAUAUCUUUCAUCAGCAUGGGUUGCUCUCCUUCUAAAGGUCAACUCUUCAGUAAAAAAACAAUGCCAACUGCACCGCAAGAACUGCUCUCAAACACGACUUCAGAAGAAUCAGCAGAAACAGAGAUACAGGACAAUACUAUAAACAUACAAGGUAAGAGAUCCUCAGUAGGUGACGUAGUCUGUGAUGCCACUUUGAAAGUCGUUGAAGGAGACGGUCCUGAAGAAGAUGUGGAUGUAGUCCAGAAAGGAGGUUCUCAGGAUGGACAGACUGCACAAGGGGGGUUGCUAGGGAAGUCGAAGAAAGGCACCGAAGAAAUAAAGACAAAACGUAAGCAAGGAAAACAGAGGAAGCUCAGAAAACAGAGGUUAAGAGAAACUUCAUAUGUGCAGUCCAAAGCAGAGUUCAUAUUAAAAGCACAGCACAGAGCCUGUGCUUACCUGAACCCCAGCAUAUCCAAAUACGAGUCGCUAUUGGAACUAUUGGACCAGGCAUCUCAGACCCGCUUAUCUUUGAGGAGCACGGUAGCUUCAGUAAUCUUACACUAUGAAGAAAUCAACCAAGCUUUGGAGGAAAUGGCCGCUGAAGGUGAGCAGAUGUUGUGGGAACACGGACACUACAUGACUUGGCCUUCUUCACUUAAAGACUGUCCACUUACGAUAAGCAAACCCAACAAUGAUCUGAACACUUCUGAGGUUCCUUCUGAAAUGCUCCGGCAAAUGCUUCUUCACUCCACACUAAAGAUGAUCUCUGUUGGAGACUCUGUGAGAUGCCUGGGUGAUUCCGCAUUACAAGAACUAGCCGAUUACUUUGGUUCCUUGUCUGAACUGGUAGAAGAGAAAUUACGUGCUAAGCAUGCGGCAGAGAGUCGCUUGAAACAGGUCUUGACACGUGUGGAAGCUGCUGCUCUCGGGAAAGGCAGUCCUGAGGACUCUGCCCUGCACAGCGAGGACAGUGGCAUAGGUGCCGACAAUGAGUGUCAGAAUGGCACAGAGCGCCUCCGACGCCAUCGCAAUAGUUCUGGGUCGAACGUGGGCACAAUAUCUGUUUGUACCACAGGUAACUCUCCUGAUCAGCAGCUUACAAAUGACAAUGAAGAAGUUACAGACAAUGAUGAUGAUGAUGACGAUGAUGAUGAAGAUAAUGAUGCAGAAAUCGAAGAAGUCAAUUCUAGAGAUGAGCAGAUGACUGACAAGAUGAGGGAAGCUAUCUGUAGUUCUUCUGAAGCAGAUCCUCUAAAUCGGGAUGGUCUUCAAAUCAACGACCAAGUCAACAAGAAUGUAAGGAGGAACACCAGACGACCAAAAACCACAGAUAACAGCUGUCAGGUGAAACGAAAGAGCCGCCAUUUAAGAGGACCAAAGCAUUCACAAUCCACAGGGUGUUUGUGUGCCAACGUAGAAGGCUCUGAACUAAAUGAGCAACAGAGGACCCCGAGAAACAAACAAACUCUUCAGGAGUUUUUGACAAGUAAAGAUUUUCCUGGGGAGCCCAGAGGUCGCAUUCAGACGAAGAUUAGAAGACAUUCAUCAGGAGGACAGAAUGCAGUCAGGUAUUACGGUCUUCAGUACGGUAGCAAAGGGCCUUUUACAGCAACGCCACCUAAUUCUCCCACAGAGUUUACUCCAGAACCACCUGGCCGACAUGCUGUCAAGAGGCUCAUUAAUACUUUUAGCCAAGGAGUGGAAGGCAAUUCCAGACUGGAUCAAAGACCAUCAAGAGUCAAGAGUAACAAGAAAAAUUGCCUUCCGUUGCUGUUGAACAGCAGAGGUGCACUUACCACCAAUAGCAGCACCCGUCCACCCGAGCCCAGACUGUCAGACAGACCAGAGCAUGUGGAUUUAGAGAGUCUUCCACCUCCACCCCCAGAGAUGUUGAUGGAUAACUCAUUUGAGAGGAGUACAGGGUUGCCACCUCAGGAGUGGACUCAAUGGUCACAGUGUAGACAGCAACGUGCUUCAUUGCCAAGAGAGACUGUGGCCCCCAACAGGGUGAACAUGCAACAAGGCUACAUCAGUUACUCUGAUACUCGUCCACUGAGACAAGAUGCUUUGGUGGGUUCCUGCAUUGAACAGGAUUACAACAAACUGAUUGAGCUGGAUUCUGAAAGAGAGGCAGCAGCCACUUGUAACCAGCAAAAGGCUGUUCACAAGUCAGGCCUGGCUAACGGAAGAACAUGCCGAUCUCCACCGCCUCAAGGAUGCAAUGACCACCAAAAGUUUGUUCCUCCGACAACUCCACCCGUCUCCAGAGCGCGACUUUCACCCUCUUGUCCCACCGUGCACCAUGCAGUGCCAACCCCUCCGUCCACAGGUCUCCCCCCGAGUGGGAACUGGACACCAUCCACAACACCAACCCCCUCUAGUAUACAUAGAUGGGCUGUGACAGAAGAAAACGACCCGUCUGUUUCAAGCUCACAAUUGUUUUCUGAAGCUCGAUCCGUAUUCUGUCAGAACAACCAGUUAGUUCCUCAUACAGGGACGCCUUCAUGUACUUCUACAUUGCCACGGCCAUGGGGAGAAUCAGCAAAAAGGAGAAUUCCCACUGCUCAUCUUCAACCCACUUUUAUGAGAUGCAGUCCCUCGGGUCAUAGGUCAUCCCACAGUGAGCAGCAACAAUCCUUGUUUAAUGUCAAGCAACAACACAUUCAGGGCAAUGAUGUCACAAUUGAUGGGACAAACAAGGUCUCCAUAUUAUCAGAAGACAACAGAUCUGAUCGGGGAGGCACAGACCAAGAACCAUAUACUGCUCAUCUGAACACACACAGCGUGUUGGAGGGUGAAGAGAUUAUAGAUAAAUUGGAUAGACUCCUUUUCUUGGGAAACAUUUCCAAAUCAAGAACGCAAUGCUAAAAAAAAGUGAACCACCGGUGGAUAUUUAUCACUUGGUUAUUCAAUAACAUUCAUACAUACUUUUUACAUGUCAUAAGAUCUUCCUGUGUAUUUUGAUGUGCACCGCAUAUGUAAAUGUUGUAUCUCUAUCGCCACCUGGGUUUGAAACAUAAUAUUGCAGCUUACUUUACCUUAUGUACAUAUUUACUUGUCAUUUACAGCAAAAUUAUAAAUCAUUAUAUGAAGAGUUUGGUUCCAAAACGCUAUAAAUCCAUUUUGAUUAAUUUUAGUAAAAAUGUGUUUUCUUUACAAAGAAAGUGGCGAGAUGAAAACCACUAUUUUCUGUUUCAAAGUUUCACAUAACAUCUUUAGGUUCUAGUAACAUAAAAAAUUCAAAACCAGAUUCUGAUUAUAAAAACUGAUCUUUUUUUCCAAAAU